GGAGCAAAAUCGCGGGCGGGGGGCUGGAGAGACAGGUUUGGGUACCGCGUGCAUUCAGCAGGCGGAGCCUUGCACACCGACAUCCGGCUAGGUGAGGCCAGUGGCCCGAGGUGGGUGCGGUACCGCACGGCUGGAGACUGAAGCGGGUCCUAAGAACCUGUUGAGUCAAUUUUUAGUGAAAAGCAUUGACCUAGGAGCCAAGAGCCAUCUCUUCACUAAUUUAAUACUGUCCACGUCAUCUUGCCUCUCUGGAUCUCAGUUCCCUGAUCGGUAAAAAGGAGAUAAAAAAUUCUUUAUCUAUCUGAAGAUGAGGUGGAGGACCGUCUUACUACAAUAUUAUUUUCUCUUGGUUACCUGUCUACUUACUGCUCUUGAAGCUGUGCCUAUAGACAUAGACAAGACAAAAGUGAAAAAUACUCAACCUGUGGACAGUGCAAAGAUAGAACCACCAGAUACUGGACUUUAUUAUGACGAAUAUCUUAAGCAAGUGAUUGAUGUGCUGGAAACAGAUAAUCAUUUCAGAGAAAAACUACAGAAAGCAGACAUAGAGGAAAUAAAGAGUGGGAGGCUAAGCAAAGAAUUGGAUUUAGUAAGUCACCAUGUGAGGACAAAACUUGAUGAGCUGAAAAGGCAAGAAGUGGCAAGGUUACGCAUGCUAAUUAAAGCAAAAUUGGAUUCCCUUCAAGAUACGGGCAUAGACCAUCAUGCUCUUCUAAAACAAUUUGAUCACCUAAACCACCUGAAUCCUGACAAGUUUGAAUCUACAGAUUUAGAUAUGCUAAUCAAAGCGGCGACAAGUGAUCUGGAACACUAUGAUAAGACUCGGCAUGAAGAAUUUAAAAAAUAUGAAAUGAUGAAGGAACACGAAAGGAGAGAAUAUUUAAAAACACUGAAUGAAGAAAAGAGAAAAGAAGAAGAAUCCAAAUUUGAAGAAAUGAAGAAAAAGCAUGAAAAUCAUCCCAAAGUUAAUCAUCCAGGAAGCAAAGAUCAACUAAAAGAGGUAUGGGAAGAGACUGAUGGAUUGGAUCCUAAUGACUUUGACCCCAAGACAUUUUUCAAAUUACAUGAUGUCAAUAAUGAUGGCUUCCUAGAUGAACAAGAACUAGAAGCCCUAUUUACCAAAGAGUUGGAGAAAGUAUAUGACCCCAAAAAUGAAGAAGAUGAUAUGGUAGAAAUGGAGGAAGAACGGCUUAGAAUGAGGGAACAUGUAAUGAAUGAGGUUGAUGCUAACAAAGACCGACUAGUGACUCUAGAAGAGUUUUUGAAAGCUACAGAAAAAAAAGAAUUCUUGGAGCCAGAUAGCUGGGAGACAUUGGAUCAGCAACAGUUCUUCACAGAGGAAGAACUGAAAGAAUAUGAAAAUCUUAUCUCUUUACAAGAAAAUGAACUUAAGAAAAAGGCAGAUGAGCUUCAGAAACAAAAGGAAGAGCUACAACGUCAGCAUGACCAACUUGAGGCUCAGAAGCUGGAAUAUCAUCAGGUCGUACAACAGAUGGAACAAAAAAAAUUACAACAAGAAAUUCCUCCAUCAGGGCCUGGUGGAGAAUCAAAGUUCUAGCCACACAUUUAAAGUCCGAAGUCCACCAGAACUUGGAAGAAAACUGUUCAGUCAACAUCUGCGUCAUCUUUUUAUCAUCCUUCCUUUUUCUCUGCUCAAUAAAUAUUUUAAAGCAUAUAUGAAAUAAAGGAAGAUAUGUUUUAAAUGA